UUGAGGCUUAAACCACAAUGUCACUAAGUGAAAUCUUUCCUCUUUUGCAGGCACUCCUUGGGAACUGGUGCCAUCAGAUAAAGUUCAUUCCUGAGCUCAAGCUUGUUGCCUCCUGCUCAACCGCUGAUAAGCGCCACAAUGCUUACUUCACUUCCAUUAAAAUAACACAGGCAAACUCUGAGACUUGGCAUCUGCUUCACUUGUCAUGAAAGAGCCCAAAGGAGAAGAGACUGCUCAAGCAAAAGGACAUCAGCCAGUGUGGUUCUGUGAUUUAGAGAGCAGCUCUCGGGUGCUGCGAUGGUGCGUGGUAGAUACUCGGUGUGGCUUUGUCUCUGCUACGGAAAUGUCCUCGUCCCGGCAUGGUCACUGUCGGGUUAAACUGCAGCGUCCUGGUCCUGCCAGCACUCGCACAGUCCCCGACACUGUUAUCUGGCAAGCAACGCGAGUCUGACAGAUGAAAAAAUAAGCCUGAGGUUCGCCUCUGUCCCUGUGCCCAGGCAGUGACUUGCAGAGAUGCCAGCUCAUCACGAUACUCUCCUACUGUUUGCUUCUCUACAGACUCUUAUUAGCAAUAUUGACUCAAGCGUGGAAGCUGCAUUAAGAAACCACGUCCUGUUUGAAUUAAAAAACAAGAUCAACCUUCUUCAAGACUCCGUGGGAGCUUUUGUUCUGGAAAUCAACUGUAUGUCCACAGGGAUGUUUUCUUCCCUGAUUUCUCAUUAGUGAAAAUCCAAAUUAUACAAGCUGAGAGGUGUUUUGCUGAGUAACGCAGUGUGCUUUCCUGCAGUGCCGUGGGGCCGCUCGCUCGCAGAUGGCGGGGUACCUUUGGCGUGCCUGCGUAGUGUUGCACUGGUGUUUUCAGGCUUCUGCCCUGAGACAGGAUCCUCGUACCAGCUGACACCAGACUGACCAUGGAAGGGAGAUAGCGUAUGGGCCGAUGACAGACAGGCACCAACAAAAUAUUGCAAAACUCGGUGAAACCAACGCCUGCCCGAAGCAGCUGGGGAAGGAUUUGCAGGGUUUCCUGGACUUUCCUGCCUGGUGUGGCUUGGUUCCCCCCGUGGGUCCUUUGGCCAGUGCUGCUUUCAGCAUUGCAUUGUGGAGCUCCGAUGUUUUGGUAAGGCCUGAAGACAUGUCUGCAAAAAUGCCUCUGUUUUUUGCACUGCACCUCAUCAUGUUGCAUCUGGCUAAUGAAGUUUGUCCCUUUUCUGUGGCAGAUAACAUUACGCUCAUUUUACUUCAGUUCACAUCUCGGAAGCAGAAAGGUCCCUGUCUAUAAAAUUCCUGGAGGCAUUGAUUUGUUGUUAUCUCAUGGCAGCGAUUUUACUCUGCCUUGCUGUUUAUGCUCAGCAUUGUGGAUGCAUCCAGAAAUCAAUGCUGCUGUUCUCGCUCCUUUUGACAGGCAGCUCCUUAGAGCUGCUGCCCGUGAGUCUCGUGUUCUUCUCCUUGUUUUUCCUGCCUGUGCUCUCUGCGUGGCCCUUCUCCGAGAUUAUGUUUCUGUUUCUCGAGUUGCCUAUGUAGGAAACUGCAUGGGUGAGCGAUCAGACACAAGUAAAUCUGGAAAGGAUGCUUUUGACGUCUGCCCACGCACAACAUGCCACAGCUCCCCGUAUCUGGACUGAAUUGCCACUGGCCGAAGUGCCAGACCCACUGCGGUGCAAAUCCAACUGUUUUGCCAUCGUUGCCAUAUUCCCCAGUCAAGUGACAGGUUGGGAAAACAGUUCAUAAAGCUGAACUUCAGCUAUUUGGAAACCAGGCUGGAAGUUCACAGCCCAGGUGCAGUCACUGGUUAAACCUUACUUCAUUUUCCCCCUCCCUUCCCCAGAUUUUGUUCUAGCAGCCUAAUUUAGUUUGAGGUUUGCUGUGUCAUUUUCCUACCUGAGUGUGUUCUCCAUUCUCUUGACCUGGCUUCUUUUUGUUACCAUCAGGGAAGUUACUUUCCAUCGACACUGGAACUGAGCAAUUUCAUUCAUGCUCACAGCAUCCAUUUGGAAGCAGCCACUUACUGCUAGGAAGUGUCCCUGCAAGAGAACAGGCUGAGUAUUUGUACAAGGCAGCUCCAUCGCAGGGUGUAAUUCAUGCUGCCAGAUUUAGGUUUUUCACCUCAAGAGACAGGAUUUAGUUUAUGUGCAUUCUUAAUAAGGAGUUACUAUUUGCCCAUUAAAGAAGUUUUACAGGCUGAGGUUAUUCUUCUUUCUUUUUAUUCACCACAUAACAAUGAAGAAAUUUUGUGUUUCUGUAGCCUGCAAACCUCUGAAAUGUCUCAAAACCACCAUUUGUCAUAAAGGUGUGGUGGUGAUGUUCAAACUGUGGUUGAAAAAUUCGAAUUUUUUUUCUUUAAUUUUGCUCAACAUUUUAGUUUGAGAUAUAUGCAGUUCUCUGGAGCUUUCCCUAACCUUCUGUGGUUCUGAAUGAUAGAGGAAAAAAUAUCAGUGAAUUGAAUCAUAUUUAAUAAGAAAUAUAGUUUUUAUUUACUUUAAUAUUAUUCUUCUAAAGUUCCUGCUGCUGUUUAACCUGCCAUCUUCCUGAGCCACAAGCUCGGGGCAGUUCAGAAUGCCGGAGGCUGCUCAGGAGCGUCUUUCCUCUGUGCGUGUUAGUCUUUCCGUAAGCCCUUCCACUUUUGAGCAUUUGUGUUGUGAUAAUCUCUUCUAGCAUUUCUUGCAAUGCUUCAUUUUAAUAUAUAUUCCCUUGUCACUGCAGAACUGAAUUCAGCCUUCUGGUAAGUGAUAUCUAAAUCACUGCUGCAAGGAGAGAAUGAAAUAUAGGUGCGUGAGAGGGAGGCAAAGGAUAUGAGUGAACAAGAAAAACUUGCACAGCAAGAAGAAAUAUCUACAGCGGUGUAUGAAAUGUGCUGCUUUCCUUACAGCUUCUGCUCGCUGCUGUUGGUACAAUAUGUGUGUGUCAGUUGCAGGAAAAAAAAGGGAGGACGACGCAGAGUCUUGACGACUUCUAGAAGAGCCUGAGUGGACCCAAGAGCCCUUCCCAGCUGGCUGCAGCUGAUGCAGCAGGGGAGUCUUCUGGACAUGAUGGUGUUGAAGCUUUUUGGAAUCGUCUUUUUCUGUGGCCUCCUCUCGCCCUCUCAAGAAGUCUUGUCCGGUCUGUCCUGCGCUGUCAGUCCGGGGGCAAUGCAGAAUGUUCUCUCGGAUGCCAUACUUCAGAACGGACUUCUCCAGCAGCACCUGCAGGGCCUCGUGCUCCCAAACAUCAUGGGUGAAGGGGGUCUGCUGAACUCUCCCACCAGCAUCACUGGACUACACCUUGUCAAGGUUCGGCUCCCCAGGCUGUCAGUGGUGCUGCUGCCAGGAAUCGGGGUCCAGCUGACCAUCGCCGCAAAGCUGGAGCUCAGCGGCAACUGUUUGGUUGGCCUUCUUUCAGAACUAAUCGAUAUCUUAGUGGAUGUGAACAUUACUGCAAACAUUAAAUGCACAAAUUUUGAAUCGGGCACAGUCCAGGUCAUCAUUGAAGACUGCCUCUGCAUUCUUGGUGCCAUAAGGAUCAAGCUCCUUUCUGGCUUACUGUCCCUAUCAGUAAAUGAGAUAGUGCUGAACCAGCUGACAGCAACUCUGCCCGGUUUGCUGUGUCCUGUAGUCGAUAUUGUCGUCAACCUGGUGAACAUCCAGCUCCUGGGCACUCUUAACGCGGUGAUCCCAGUCGGUACAGCAGGAACAAUUCACUACCAGUUGGCCAGCCUCCCGUUCACCUCUGGCUUGUUCCUUGGGUUGGAUUUAGAUGGUGCGGUGAAGCAGGUGGGAGGCAGCAUCAUCCCCCAUGAUUCGUCCUCCUCUGCUUUGCCUCCGCUGCUGGACAAGCUUCUGGUCCUGGGACUGCGCCAGAGCUUUCUCAAUGCAGUCCUGUCCCUCCUGAUCCAGAUACCGCCACAGACCUUCACCUGCACGCCAGAAGUUUUCUCCAGUGCCAGCCAUCUGCAAGAAGCCGUCAUGACCAUCGUUCCUUCUGAGUGCUCCACCUGCCAUGGGACCAGUCCUCUGAGCAUUAAGCUAACAUUGUCUGGGAACCCGCUCAUCAUCUUGGAAGAAAACAAAGCCACCGUUGAGCUUUCGGUCAUGAUUCAGGUGUUCGUUAAGCGUUUGGAUGGACCCCUCCUCAACCUCCUGCUGCUGAAGGCUGACCUCAGUCUAAAAGCCCACGUGUCGAUUGCUGGAGGCAGACUGGUGCUGGGGCUGUCCCUGGGCAGCAUUUCCCUCUCCUUGGAGUCUUCCGAUGUUGGCAUCAGUAACAUCUCGGACUUGAAGCCACACUGCAGCAGUCUGCUGGCGGAAACGUUAUUGCCCCUUAUCAACGGCGCUCUGGGCAUCGGGAUCCCUCUGCCAAAUGUGCUGGGCAUUCCCUUAAUAAAGGUGGAUAUUCAGAUAUUAGCGGGCCUGCUGGUGAUUCUUGUGUGAGCUGGGGAGUACGAGGCACGGCGAGGUCUUUCUGGGCAGAGAAAGAGAAGAAAAGGCCAGUGAGGAUGGAACAUCGAGACCGGCAUUAUCUACUUUUCUUUUCUAAACUUGAUUUAAGAUUCUUGAUAACAUUUAAGACACUUCAAAGUUAAUUGGCUCGUGUGAGUAGUAAGACACUUGCAUAAGCCAAAACCCAAUAGGCAGCUCUUUGUACAAAUAUUUAUUUGGAUAAAUUGGCAUGAUGUUGGGGUCACAGUUAUAGCAGUUGCAUGUGAUGCUGCAGUGGAAUUGUUAAAUUUGUUCUGAGGGAAAUCUGAUAUAACGGAAAAGUGAACUUGUUGCAUAUGACUUUCAAAGUAAAUGUCACCAUCUGCAUUCAGAAGGGUAUGAAGCGCUGAGCGGGAGCUCAGGAUACAUUCGUCAUGUAACUUUUAAUAAACAUUCCUACUUUUUUAGUGCUUGGAAUGAGGUUCUCAGAGAGUAUCUGUCCUGUCUCCUGCUGUGGGAUCUGGUUCCUUUGUGACAACUGACAUGUUGCUUUUUGGUUUGAAAACUUUUUCCACUCAAACUUCCUGAGGAAAAAAAAAACACUUGGAUUUUCAGUGGCUACUCCUGGCCAGGUAACUUACUGACCAAAUGCUAAUCCACAAGCAGAAAUCAGAAUGAUAUCAGAUUUCCAAAGGUCAAGAAGCAUUUGCUAAUAGAAUCUGAGGGGAAAACUUCAUUACCAGAUAACUGAGAAGUAUAACAACACUAGAGCACACCAAUCUGUCUGCAACAGUCCACCUCUGCUUAGACUGAUGUAACAGUCUGUUGCUCUCUGCACAUCACAGGGAAAAGAAUUCAGACGUUUCUGAUUUCAGAAAAAAACAAAUUAUUCUGAGUAAAAAAAAUAAAAUAAAUCUCAGGUCUUAAAUGGCCUCUCAAACCCCCGGUUUUCCCAGCACUAGACGUUAUUACUAGUGUGUUAUUUAUUGCUAGUGUCCCCAGAGCUGGUGGUGGUAUGCCACUGUUAAAGUACGGGUGAUGCACAAAAGAAGUCUAGCACCAGUCAGGUAACGGACAGGGGCAAUAUCCUGUUCUGCAUUUCUGCCUAAAGGUAAGAAUAGUUCAGUACCUGCCUGGCCGAAGCCCUUGGUCAUUGCACUAAUUUCCAGCAUCACAGCGAGAUGUUGCAGGGGAAUCACCGAACAUAGCAGAGGACACGCUGGAACCGUCGGUAGUCCUGGUUCAUGCAAACUGCCCAGAGCUCUCCUGUGCUGUGCCAAAUGGCAAACCUGGUGUUGCACCCUGUCA